AUGAUGAUCAUUCGCAUGAUGAUGAUGAUGAUGAUGAUGAUUCGAAUGAUGAUGACUUUCGGAGAUGAUGAUGAUGAUGAUGAUGAUGAUGAUGAUGAUGAUGAUGAUGAUGAUGAUGAAUCUGAUGAUGAUGAUGAUGAUGAUGAUGAUGAUGAUGAUGAUGAUGAUGAUGAUGAUGAUCAUGAUGAUGAUGAUGAUGAUGAUGAUGAUGAUGAUGAUGAUGAUGAUGAUGAUGAUGAGACAUGA